UGAGAUCAGUUCCAAACCCUGCAUCCGACGGUUGGCCCAACGCCCUCCUCUCCUACCAUUCGGUCCAUCCUCCUCAGUCCUCUCCCGACCCCGACUUGCUGCGGCGCUGCCCUAGCUCCUUCUUCCCCAGUCCCCACCUCCUCCUCCGUCUGUGGUCUGCCCGAGCUUUCGCUCUCCCCUCCCUCUCCGGUGGGGGCGACGAUUUUCCGACAAUUGAAGAAGAGCCGGAAGGGCUCGUUUGCGGGGAGCUCGAUGGGCGGUGCGGUGCUUCUCUUCUUUCUCAUCGUCCUCCUCCUUGGCGACUCGGCUAUGUCUAUCUAGAGUUAAAGAAGAGAGGAUGGGCCGCCCCGAGCCAUGUGUCUUAUUUGCUCAAUCAUUUGUUCAUUCUCAGCUUGAUGAAUAUGUCGAUGAGGUGCUGUUUGCAGAACCUGUUGUCAUAACUGCUUGUGAGUUUCUUGAGCAGAAUGCUUCUCCGUCUACACCAAACUUAUCGCUUAUUGGCGCGACAUCCCCUCCUUCAUUUGCUUUGGAGGUUUUUGUCCACUGUGAAGGGGAGUCACGAUUUAGGCGUCUUUGCCAGCCUUUCCUCUACUCACAUUCUUCAUCAAAUGUUUUGGAAGUUGAGGCUAUAGUUACAAAUCAUUUGGUAUUAAGGGGUAGUUAUCGAUGUCUCACUCUUGUUGUUUAUGGAAACACUGCUGAAGAUCUUGGACAAUUUAACAUAGAAUUUGAUCUCGAUACUUCUCUGGCAAAUGUGGUUUGUUCUCCAUCAGAGGCGAAGCUUGAAGACCUGCCACCAGCAUUGCACUCGGCUAAGAUGACAUUCAAGGAAUCCAUAUCUUCCCUGAAGUCCUUGAAUUUUCUAUUUCCUGAGUUUGACAUUCCACCAGAAAUGAAACAGUUUUUGCUUUUAGCUCUUAAGAUUUGUCAAGUUUCUGAUCAUGAGAACACAAUUUCUAAAUUAGCAAGUUCUGUUGUAUCAGCUGUUUGUUCAUAUGCCACUGGUAGCAAUAACAGCUUCCCAGUCUAUUGGGACCAACAAUUGCUGAACGGGUUCACUGAUAAAAGAAAAGAUUCCCAGCAAUUUAUUAAUGUUCUUUCUGAGGCUAGAAAAGAGCUUGUUGAACUCUAUGAAAUUCAUUCUGUAAGGAGGGGUACUCAGUUAAUGGAAGAUGGAAUUACUCUUGGAUCAGUGGCUGAGUUGCCUACUUCUAAACUGCUAGUUGACAUGUUUAAUCAAUGUUUUCCAUUUUUCAGGAAAUUUUCAGUUGAUGAGCUACCGUUGCUUUCUCAGAUAAAAAACAUGAUUUUAGCAUGGAGCAUUGUUCUUGUCCUCUGCUCUUCACGAGAGAGUUGCUUUCAUUUUGUUGAUAAUGGUGGAAUGGAGCAAAUUGUUGAUUUAUUUUGUUAUGAGGCACAAAAUUCUACAGCUAUCACAUUAAUAUUGCUUGGUAUUGUGGAACAUGCUACUCGGCAUGGCAUUGGAUGUGAUGGAUUUCUGGGAUGGUGGCCACGUGGAGAUGAGAAUGUUCCAGUUGGUAAAAGUGAAGGUUAUUGUUAUUUACUGAAGCUGUUACUGGGAUGGCAACGGCAUGAUGUUGCCUCUCGUGUAACCUAUAUCCUACACCGUUUGCAUUUCUAUGAGACUGUCUCGAAAUUUGAGGCUGCAGUGCUAUGUGUAUUGGCUAAUCUUUCUUCUGAUUUCCAUAUUAGUACUGAUGGAAGUGAAUCACUUGCUGCCGCAAAUUCUAAGCUCAAGCAAAUUCUGAAAUUGAUUAAUAUGUUUGGACCAAUUGAAGAUUCUUCUCCGUUGGCUUUUGCACAAAGAUUAUCUAUUUCUGGCCAAUCAGAGGGUCUGUUGUCUUACAAAGCAACUGUCAACUAUAUUACAACAUGCAAGUAUAGUUUUGCUAGAUGGGACAUCGACACAUAUUUGUUAUCUCUACUUAAGGAAAGAGGCUUUUUUCCUUUGUCAGCUGCUUUGUUGUCAUCGCCUGUACUACGGUCAGCAAGUGGGAGCACAGCAGACAUAUUUAUGGAAAUUGCCACAUCAAUUGAAUCCAUACUUCUCUCUCUCCUUUUCUAUCGUUCAGGCUUAUCUUUCUUACUUGUUCAACCUGAAGCAACUGAGCUCAUAAUUCUUUCUCUUCGAGAUCCUGAAGAUACAAGUAAGAAAGAAUGCAUGGCUCUUAGGCAGGCAGCUGUUUUUUUGUCAAAGGGAUUCUUCUGUCAUCCACAGGAAGUUGGGAUGAUCAUAGAGCUCCAUCUUAAAGUGGGGACUGCUAUUGAUCGCUUGCUUGCAACAACAACUCAUUCUGACGAACUUUUAUGGGUACUUUGGGAACUUUGUGGCAUUUCCAGGUCUCAUUCUGGUCGUCAAGCGUUGUUAACUCUGAGCCAUUUUCCGGAGGCAAUAUUGGUCCUUCUAGACGCGUUGCGUUCUUUCAAAGAGAUAGAGCCAAGUGCUAUGAACAGCGGAACUCCUCCGCUGAGUCUUGCCAUCUUCCAUUCAGCAGCAGAGAUUUUUGAAGUCAUGGUCACAGAUUCAACUGCAUCUUCUCUCAAAUCAUGGAUUGGACAUGCUGUGGAACUUCAUAAGGCUUUACACUCUUCUUCUCCAGGGUCCAAUAAAAAGGAUGCUCCUACAAGGUUGUUGGAGUGGAUAGAUGCUGGUGUUGUUUAUCACAGAAAUGGGGCUGUAGGGCUUCUUAGAUAUGCUGCCGUUUUAGCUUCUGGUGGAGAUGCUCAACCAACAAUUGACGUUGAGAAUGUUGUUGGGGAUUCAACCAACACUUCUGAUUCUCAAGUUGUGGAUAAUCUACUUGGAAAGUUUGUCACUGAUAAGUACUUUGAUGGAGUCACACUCUGCAGUACCUCUAUAGUUCAAUUGACAACAGCAUUUCGAAUUUUGGCAUUUAUUUCAGAAGAUGCAGCUGUGGCUGCCUCUCUUUUUGAAGAAGGUGCUGUUAAUCUUGUUUACGUGGUUUUAGUCAAUUGUAAAUUUAUGCUUGAGCGCUUGUCAAACAACUACGAUUACCUACUUGAUGAAGGUGCAGAAUGUAACACUACGACUGAUUUGCUAUUGGAACGAAGUCAUGAACAGAGCUUAGUUGAUCUCAUGAUUCCUUCGCUUGUUUUACUAAUUAACCUUUUAAGAAUGUUACACGAAACAAAGGAGCAGUAUCGCAACAAAAAAUUACUUAACGCACUUCUACAACUGCAUCGAGAAGUAAGCCCAAAAUUAGCAGCUUGUGCAGUGGACUUGUCUUUCCCAUAUGCAAGCUCUGCACUUGGUUUUGGUGCUGUCUGUCAACUUCUUACAUCAGCGCUUGCUUGCUGGCCUAUAUUUGGUUGGACGCCUGGUCUAUUUCAUUGUCUUCUUGAGAGUGUUCAGGCUACUUCAUCAUUAGCCUUGGGUCCAAAGGAUGCCUGCAGCAUGCUCUGCCUACUGGGUGAUCUAUUUCCAGAGGAAGGUAUAUGGCUAUGGAAAUAUGAGAUUCCCCCUUUAAGUGCUUUGGGACUUUUGAGUAUUGGGUCGAUUUUAGGACCUCAAGCAGAGAGAGACAUCAUCUGGUAUUUACAGCCAGAACACCUAGAAGUGCUACUCGUUCGGUUGACGCCACAACUUGACAGAAUUGCACAAGUUGUCCUGCAUUUUGCCUCUACCGCUUUAGUGGUCGUACAAGACAUGCUUCGUGUUCUCAUAAUUCGUGUUGCCUGCCAAAGGACAGAAUGUGCAGUUGUCCUUCUACGACCAAUAUUUUCAUGGAUGGAUAAUCAUGUUAAUGAAACAUCCCUGUCUGACAUGGAUAUUUUCAAGAUGCUUCGGUUGCUUCAUUUUGUUGCUAAUCUGUUGGAGCAUCCUCAUGCCAAGGUAUUAUUAUUUAAGACGGGGGCUGUGAGAAUUUUAGGAAAAGUACUAAAGAGAUGUAGCAGUGUGUUUAACUCAGAUGGAAAGCUGAUUCUGGAAAGCAGAGUUCCUUCUAAAAGUGUCACAUUUCUUUGCUGGUGCCUUCCUGUAUUAAAGUCCUUGGCACUGAUUUGUAACUCCCAGUCAUCUAUAAACCGAACAAGAGUACCUGAUCAGUAUUUAAAUGAAAAUAUAGCUAUUGAAGAAAAUUCCGUGAUUGUGCAGCAUGUCCUUAAGUUAUGUCAGGUUCUGCCAGUUGGAAGGGAGUUGUUAGCUUGUCUUGUGACUUUCAAGGAAUUAACUUCCUGCAGUCAGGGUAGAAGUGCUCUUUCUUCCCUCUUUUCACAAUUGCGAUCUUUUACCCUUGAGCAAACAGAACGAGACGAGAGAUAUUGUGAUGGUACCAUUUCAAAUGAGUACGAAUGGAGGUCGCCUCCCCCCUUCUUAAAUUGCUUCAAGAAGCUUUUGAGAUCCCUGGAGUCGAAGGACUGUACUCUGACAUGUGUAGUUGAAAUAGCUUAUGGAUUGUCUUUGAGUGCUCUCUCUCUUUCCAGGGAUAGUGAUGCUUUAGAGGGAAUCUUGAUAUUGAAGUGCCUUUUUGGGCUGCUGAAUGAUAUGGAUGGUGCUGCAAUUUCUUCUGAUAAAAAGUCAAAUGAUGUGCUUGAUUUGAUACAAAAAUUAGAGCAGAGUAUUAGCGAGGAUGAGAAUUUAACUACUACAAUCGGGGAGACCGGUUUGCAUCAGGUUAAGGAGUCUUUAGAUUCCUUGUUGUUUCUGCUGCAGAGCCCCGCUGGUUCAUCAUCCAUGUCAGAAGGCAUUGUUCUAAGUGAAGACAGUGAAGAUGCAUUAUCCCUUUCAAAUGUUUGGAAGUUGAACGAAGAUGAAAAAGCUGGCAAUCAAUACUUGCUUGAAGGAUUUGCAGAGAAGUUUGUGUGGGAGUGUCCUGAUUCUUCUCUUGACAGACGAUUGGUGCCAGCUUUAUCUGCACGGAGGAAACUGGCAUCAGUAGAGGGCCCUGGCAGACGCGCACGGGACAAUACAGGGUCUGAAGCUAUUGGAUCAAAUGUGCUUUCUCGAGUGUUGGUUGUAACCAAUGUUGCUUCUGGCCCUACUCGUAGAGAUACCUUUCGUCAGCGAAAGCCUAACACAAGCAGACCGCCUUCCAUGCAUGUUGAUGAUUAUGUUGCCAGAGAGAGAAAUAUUGAUGGUGCAAGUAGUGGAUCAAAUAUUGUUAGUUCUUCUCAGCGUGGGACAUCUACGAGUGGAAGGCCUCCAUCAAUUCAUGUGGAUGAGUUUAUGGCCAGGCAAAGGGAGCGCCAAAAUCCCAUGGCUGUUGCAGUUGGAGAUGGAUCACAAAUUAAGAAUUCAGCCCUUGGAAAUGACAAUGUUCCUGUUAAGUUGGAUAAACCUCAGCACUUAAAGACUAAUCUUGACGACGAUCAAGAGAUAGAUAUUGUCUUUGAUGAUGAAACAGAAUCUGAUGAGAGACUGCCAUUCCCUCAACCUGACAAUAAUUUGCAGACUCCUCUCAUCAUUGGGGAAAGUUCUCCGGGUUCAAUAGUUGAGGAGACUGAAGGAGAUGUAAAUGAAAAUUCUCGAUUUUCUCAAAUAGGUACACCACCAGCAUCUGAAGAUGGAGGUUCGCACUCAGAUAUUCCUUUGAGACGGUCUAUUUUUCAGUCUGAAAUAUCGGUGGCUCAACAAAUUUCUUCAGAGAAAAACAUGAGAUUGACCGCAGCAGACAAGACAUCCUUCCGCGAGCAAUCUGAAGAGUCAGAAUAUGUUUCUCCCAUUGCAGGAUCAAAGGGUUUUGAUGCACAUUCCUCAGCAAACCUUACUAGUUUUCCUUCACACUUCGUUGGUGUUUGUUCUGUCUCAUCAUCUGUUCAACCGUUGCUACCAUCUACUCUUUAUCAUAGGAACAGCCCACAGAAAACUGCUGAUGGUUGUUUAACUGGUGGAUCUCAAGGGUAUGGUGAACAGAAGCUUCCCAACAGCCAGCUACCUUUGCCUCCAAUGCCCCCUUCAGCUAUCUCUUCUGUGCUGUCUCAAACUGCUGAACCAGUGCAAAGCCACUCUUCGCCUUACAUGAACAUUGUCCGAGAUGUACAACCACCACUUCCUUCAGGAUAUCCACUACAAGCAUUUGAUGUCAAUGGCCCUAAUACAGUUAGAGCUCUCAAUCUUCAGUCAGAGAAUUAUUUAUCCACCGGCAACUGUUCUUCAAUUGCCCAGCCUGUUCUGGAGCCAAAGCUCUCAUGGAAUUCGGUUUCAGGCAGUAGGUUACAUAUGGAGACCUUUACUUCUAGUACCUCUGCACAUCCAACACCUCCGCUUCCCCCUCUGCCACCACCAUUUUCCACUCCAAUUACCCAUUGCCCUACAACUAUUUCUGGAUCACAGGCUUCACUGUAUAAUCAGGGAAGUGUUGCAGCCCAUCUCACUCCACCUUUGACUCCUAUAAAUGACACAAGUUUAGGAAUUUUUUCUACACCAGGAACAAGCAUAGCUUCUUAUUCACCACCGGCAUUUACACCAACUUUGCUGAUGAGUAGGCCGGCUUCUGUACCUGGAACAUUGUUUAGCCCACCUACCCUGCAACACGGACAGAACUCAUCGAUUCUUUCACAGCCUGUCCCUAGUUCUCAGACUAGUGUUCAAUCAAUGCAUCCCCGACCACCACCACCACCUCCUCCGCAGCUACCACGUCCUCCUCAGCCUCAACACACUGGACCUCCCAUACAGGUCUCACAACCACAUUCUAAACAAGUUAUGCCAAUUCAACAAAGCUCUAUCCAAAUACAGGUUAAUCCCUUGCAGAUUCCACAGCAGCUCCAUAUUCCCCAGUUACAAUUUUAUUAUGAAACCCAACAGCAGGAGUCCCUUUUGCAACCUCUGCAGCCGAUGCUUGAGCAAGCUCAACUGCAAAAUCCAAAUCUUCAAGUAGAUAGUGCACCUCAGCAGCAAGAAGAGUCGGUAAUGACUUUGCAGCAGUACUUUUCUUCACCUGAAGCCAUUCAGACUCUCUUAAGUGAUCGAGAUAAGCUAUGUCAACUUUUGGAACAGCAUCCAAAAUUAAUGCAGAUGCUUCAGGAGCGUUUGGGCCAGCAAUAGUUGCCGGAGGAAGAGGUGUAGGAAUUAUCAAAUCUUUGUACUUGGACGUAAGAAAUUUUGAUGUCGACAACUUUUCGUGGCCACCAUCAUAGGCCGAUUUUGCUGGCUCCGUUGGUUGGGGCCAAUCCGCUAUAUAGAGAAGGCAUCACAGCAUAUUGCAGCCUUCCAAGUAGUUGCUUCUCAUUCCACCUUGUGUUUCAUUUGUGCAUUAGUCUGUAUAAUAUCUGAAUAUUGUAUUAAUCAAAAUGUUUUUUUCCUACUCUUGGUUGGAAUUUCCUUUGGUCAAGUUUUAAGAUACAUUUUGUGUUUAGAACCUAUCACUCAUGGGUGUCAUCUUGAUUGGAACACGAUCUCUGAGUCUGUAUAGUCCAGGCAGGGUCCUGUCUUUUACGGAGAACGAUGAUUUCUUUCUUAAUCGGUCAAGUCUACCUUUGCAAUCC